AUGGGGAGCAACUCUGCCAUCAGUAGUUCAGAGAAAAGAUCAGGAGGAGAAGCAGCUUCUGAUCAUUUUAACCAUCAUCAACUGAGCAAGGUAUCAGCCACCAGGAUGUGGAUGCUCUGGGCCCUGGCCACCAUGCUGGCCACGCAAGCUGGAGCACUUGACGUGCUAGAACCACCCCCAGUAGGAAGCCUUCCUUCCCCGCUAUCCUCUGUGCAAUAUGUGGAACCUCCCCCUGUUCCUCUGCCAUCCGAACUGCUUUUCAGAAGUCCCUCAGCCCAAAACAGCUUCCCACCCAGCAAAAAGUCACCUAAGACCCCAGAAGGCCAAUGUGCACCUGCCUCCAAGUACUUCCUGUCUGCCGAGAAAAUCAAUGAGUACCUGAAUGCCACUAUACCCCUGGAAGUUGAGAAGCUGGUGAAGUGUGGGAAGGUUAACCUAAUCGGAGCAUUGGGGGAAGUGAUAAACAUGAUGGAAAACACUGGCGUGCUCGAGCUGCUAGACGUUACUUCACUCCUAGAAAUGGGAGAUGGCGGGAUUGGUGGCAUCAUAGGCUUGAACAGCAAGGGUGACAAGUCUCCAAAGCUCCCGUCCCUCUCCAAAGUUGGUGAAACUGCUGAUAAUCUGGGUGUGGGCAGCCUGCUGUCGUCUGGAGCAGGCCAAAGCCCUAUAAAAGGGCUCCUUGAUAGUGCUCAACUCCCCAACCUCCAGCCCGUGAAUGAUGUGGCUGGAAGCGCUAAGAAUCUCAAAGAUUCUGCCUUGGGGAAGGUGAAGGAUGUCUUGCCAGCAGAAGCCACCAAAGCAUUCAAAAGUGCACUGGGAAAUAUUGAGCUAAAAGAAGUAUUGCUGGGUUGCAGAUUAAACGUUGACUCCGUGAAUACAGUGGACUUAAAUACAACUAUAACGGACGAUGAGAUUGACGUUAAGACCAAAGCUGUUGCUACCAUAGGUGGAAAAGGUGUGGCUGGACCCGUCAUCAACAUAGUGGGAUUUGAAGUGCACUUGGAAAUAAAUCUGAAAAUUGCUGCUUCCACAAACAAUACCCAAUGCAUCAGCCUUGAUAUCGAGGAAACAAAUAUCAAUACCAACAAAGUGACCCUUCGGAUAUUAGAAACACUCACAGAUACUGCGUCUCUUCCUGUUUCUCUGCCCUUGAAGGACACGGUGCCUAAAGUGUUGUCAGUAGAGUUACAGAAGAACGUUGACAACUCAGAAUCCUGUGGCAUUGUUCUCAGUGAUUUCAACGAGUGCAAAAACUCCACCGGCUUAUUCCAGUUCCGCAUAAAAUCAGCAAAGACCGAAGCAAAAGGCCUUUCAAUCCUCUACUGUGUAAGUGUCCUUUGUCUUUAUGAUGGCUUCUGGGCAAAGGCUGGAGGCCUAGUUGACCUCAUAAGAUAGAGCAGGAUAAGACAAACCAGCUAU